GGUGUACUAUCAUCAAUAUCUCCAGAACUGUAGGGCAUCGCUAACAGUUUGGCCAAGGCCGGAGUUGGAGUGACUGGUGGAGGCGCUUUUUUGGAGGCUCGCUUUUUCUUUGGCGUUGCCGGGCCAUCGUCUUUGCUGUUUGGGCUUAACUUGACUGCUUCUAGCUCUGAAUUCUUUCUUUUCUUGCUCUGAUUUACCACAGUUGAAGUAGCUGGUUCCGAUUUCUCGGUUGCGGCGGCAGUACUCAGACGGGAUGAUCUUCUGGAUGACAUGUUGAUGAGGCUAUGGGGACCGAAGCUCUUCGCAAGCAGUGGUGGUGACAAAAUAAACGGCUGCCUCCUGAAGCCGAAUGAUAUUAUGGAAGGCGUCGCGAGGACGGGGUGCUCCGUAUGUGGAGGAUUGACAAGCGGGAAAGAAGGAAAAGUUGGCAGUAGUGUUGCCAAGCGAGAUUCUACGAGUGUUGUGGUUGACCGAAUAGAAGAAAUAUGCGUGUCAACUGAUGUACAUUUUGAUACUUGGUGCUCCGCUCUGUCCAGUUCAAGUAUCAAAUGUAGCUUCUAUCCGAUCAGGAGUGACUCAAGGAGGUGGCGACUGCACGUGAAUAUCUUGCCGUACUGGUAACUGCUCUGCUUACUCCGUACCCUACACGACGCUUAGGGGGUUUCAUCGCCUUGGCAUAAUCUUGCAGGAUCAGAUGAACCCUUAUUGCAAGCGCCGUUUGAGAACUCCAGACAAAGUUUAUAUAAGUAAAUAAAUAAAUAAAAACAAAUGGCCCGUACGCAAUCGUAGUGCAAUACCGCUAUUGUGAAUUGCACCGGCCCAGUGACUCGGUGGAUGGGCUGCCGAGCCGCAAAGCUGUCCUCGCCUCGACCAGAGCCGACCAAGGUCACCAAGGUCUCCAGUCUCGCUUGCCUCCUGGCACGCCCAAAUUAGAAGCAAAGCCGCCCCGUGAAAGUUUACUUCCCCUGCCGCUCCACGCCGUCCAUCAACAUUGCGCAUCUCAACUUCUUCAACUUCACCUGUUCACGUCAAAAAGUCAUCCCCCCCCAUCCACCCCGACGCUCGUAUCCCCGCGCCAUAGAGUCUGCGACCCAGCUCCCUCCAUCCUCAGCUCUCUCGACACCCUCCAAUUCGGCGGCGCAUCUUGCUGGAGACGUCGAAUUGAUAGCAUCCCUUACGCUGGAGUAGCUGGCCCAACGGGGGUUCGCCCGGCAUGUUACUCCCUAAAGGCGGCGUUACGUGGAAGUCUGCAAAGGCACAACUGCCACCAACAAGAGCGAUAUGGGUAUUUAUUACGCGGACGCGAUUUCUGCUGUGUGUGGCUCUCACCGGCGUCAUAUUGUUAUUAUGGAGAGGGGUGAGCACAUCGGCGUCGGAGAUGCAAAGGUCAGCGCCCUCUGUGCUGCAGAAGUCGAGCCUGCUCGCAGCGGUCACAAUUGUUUUGCCGGCCUCAUAAUUGACACACAAGUGCAGGUUUUACUGUUGGGGGCCUUCGAAACCACCGAUGCAGAUGACACCGAACGAGGCAGCGGAUUGGAAUGCGCAUUUACAGACACCUGUUAUAUUUAACCACCACGAACCGCUGGUGAUAAACGAAUCAACUAUCUCACUGGUAGACCUUAAUAAGAUACAAUCGACCCCACGAGCAGUGCAAAACGAGGAGAAAGUCUUGAUUCUGACUCCAUUACGAGAUGCAGCUGAGUUUUUGCCCGGUUACUUUGAUCUCCUCUCCGAAUUGACAUACCCACAUCAUCUUAUCGACCUUGGAUUCCUCGUUGGGGAUUCUUCUGACGAAACACUUGCCAUUCUGUCCGCGGAGGUUGCACGAAUUCAAAAAUCCUCCGAUACUCUGAUUAAACCUUUCAACAGUGUCUUGAUCGUUCAGAAGGACUUCGGUGCCGUAAGCUCCCAGAAUGUCGAAGACCGCCAUGGUUAUGCCGCUCAAGCUCCCAGAAGGAAGAUCAUGGCCAGAGCUAGAAAUUAUCUUCUCACCGCGGCCCUCAAGCCGGAGCAUUCCUGGGUGUACUGGAGAGAUAGUGAUAUCAAGGACAGCCCCAAAAAGAUCAUCGAAGAUUUUGUUGCCCAUGAUAGAGACAUCAUUGUUCCUAGUAUACAUUCUCUGUCCAAUAUCUCUUAUGACAUCUUUACUGACUGCCACAGACAUCUGGUUCCAUCGUUACAAGGAUGGAAAAGACAUCGAAGGGAGAUGUAAGCGAUCCACCAAGUCAUGCGCUGAUUAAACACUAACAUCAAUAGUUGAUUAUAAUUCUUGGAUCGAGUCAGACAAGGCACUCCGAUUGGCUUCCACGCUCGAUAAGGAUACCAUCAUUGUUGAAGGUAAGAAUUAUAUGCUGUGGUGCGGUCACAAAAAUUAAUUUGUAAUUUAGGUUACAAGGAAUUUGACACCGGGCGUACAUAUAUGGCAAAAAUGGGAGACUGGCGAAAUAACAAGGAUGAUGAGCUUAUGCUAGAUGGUAUAGGGGGUGUAAAUAUUAUUGUCAAGGCGGAUGUACAUCGAUCAGGUAAUUUGCAGUCACUCUUUCUGGUCUUGCGCCAAACGACUAAUGUUUUCCCAGGUAUUAACUUUCCCUGCUAUGCUUUUGAGAAUCAAGCAGAAACCGAGGGCUUUGCCAAGAUGGCGAAGAGAGCCGGUUAUGAGGUCGUAGGGUUACCCAAUUACGUCGUUUGGCACGUAGACACGGAGGAGAAGCCAGGCAACGCCUAGGAACAGAUAUUGUACGCAGCGAAGAGUUCAGAUUCCCUCGACCAUUUUUCAAGCAUAUACGGAGUUUAGUGAGAAAGCGAGCCUUGGUUGGACUCGUGGGAGCAAUAUCGAUGAAAGACACGACGAACCCUGUUCAUUCGAUUCCAUGUACUGAACGUUUUUUCUCCUUUUUCUGGGAUGCUAAUUUCGCUAUUGUUUGCCGGGCAGGAGUUUGAUGGGAACUUUCGAGAUUCACGAAGUCUUGUGUAAUUCUCGGGGUGCAAAGAGCUGAGUGCAUAUUCAAAUGCAAUCACUGUAGUAGAAUGGAUUUUUUGUUUUUGAAAUUGGGGUACCCGGAUCAAGUCUGGUUUCAAGACAUGAAUCAGCGGGGACUUGAAGUCUGUAUGGAUAGGUACAGACGAGGAAAUUAAUAUGGUAUCUUGUUGAACGUUUGGGUGUCGGAGGGACGUGGAAGAAGGAAGAAAAGAUAUCACUCUACGUUUGGUUCAAACUUCCUCGGGUUGAAAUGUGACAAUCCCGAAAAGCAUCACGGCACAUUUCCUGUAUAUAAUUUUGGGUUUUCAGCCAAAAAUGCUCGCUCGUAUGGAAAAUUACCAGGCUAGACCAUUCAUCUUGCGCCUCCAGCAAGAAUCAACACAGAUAUCACGAAUUAUACCACCGCAUGUUUCUUG